GGUUUUAAACAUGAAGUGGCAGAUAUGGAGCAGGUAUCAGAUGAUGAGCUGGAACAUGCUGCUGAAGAAGACAGCGAUAAAGAAGAUCAGGAUCUGGACAAGAUGUUUGGUGCCUGGUUAGGAGAAUUGGACAAACUCACACAGAGUUUGGAUGAUGGUCGUCCUGAGAAAGUGCAGAAAGCUCCUCUCAGACAAGAGACAAACCUUGCUAAUUUCUCGUACCGUUUCUCUAUGUACAACAUCAAUGAAGCCAUUAACCAGGGUGAGACAGUGGACCUGGACGCACUCAUGGCUGACCUUUGUUCGAUAGAACAAGAGCUCUGCACCAUCAGCAAACCCUCGGGCAAGACUUCAGAUACCAAAUCCAGACAGAGGCCCACGGGCCGCUCGGCCAGCACCAAACACACCGGAGGGGGCAGCAGCGGGGGGAGCACCAGCAGCAGCACCCGUGCUUCUCCUGCCUCCACUGUACGGGGUGGCAGCAGCCAAUCAUGCCCUAUGGCCUCCAACUUCUCCUUGGAUGACAUUACAGCUCAGCUUGAGAAGGCAUCUUUGAGUAUGGACGAGGCGGCGAGGCAGACAUCUGAGUCUUCCUCACCAUCUUCCUCCUCAUAUUCCUCUGCAACUCUGUCUCACCCGCCUUCUAACUCGCAUCACCGCCGCACAGGAUCAGUGGGUGCGGUCAUCGACCAGGAAGUGCGUUCCAUCGGUCAUUCAUCCAGGUCAAGCAUCAAUUCUGUCUCUGCAUCCAGCAUGGAUUCACUGGAUAUUAGAGGGCAGGAGAAUGAGACUCAAUCACAGCAACAGAAUCAGAACCAAAACCAGACUAGCACGGAGCAUGCGGUACUGCAAAAGGCCAUUGUUAAGGCUGACAGACGGCACAUUGACUUCACCUCUCUGGAGGGGGAGGUGGAUCAAAGUACUCACUCGUAUCUGGACAGGGAGACUUCUCUGAUUCUGAAAAACAUUGCAGGAAAACCCUCUCACUUGCUGACCAAGGAGGAACAGGCUGCCAAAGCCAAGGCUGAGAAAAUCCGUGUGGCACUAGAGAAAAUUAAGGAAGCCCAGGUGAAAAAGCUGGUGAUUCGCGUACACAUGUCAGAUGAGAGCUCAAAGACCAUGAUGGUGGAUGAGAGGCAGACGGUCAGGCAGGUGCUGGACAGUCUACUGGAUAAAUCUCAUUGCGGUUACAGUCCUGACUGGGCUCUUGUGGAGACCAUUCCUGAGCUACAGAUGGAGAGGAUUUUUGAAGACCAUGAGAACUUAGUUGAGAACUUGCUGAACUGGACCAGAGACAGUCAGAACAAGCUCAUGUUCAUUGAGCGGAUUGAAAAAUAUGCACUUUUCAAAAACCCACAGAACUAUUUACUUGGGAGAAAGGAGACCUCUGAGAUGGCAGACAGAAACAAGGAGGCACUGCUGGAGGAGUGUUUUUGUGGAAGCUCAGUGUCUGUUCCUGAAAUGGAGGGUGUUCUGUGGUUGAAAGAGGAUGGGAAGAAGUCCUGGAAGAAGCGCUACUUUCUGCUGCGGGCAUCUGGCAUCUAUUUUGUGCCUAAGGGCAAAGCCAAGGCAUCCAGGGAUUUGGUGUGCUUCUUGCAGUUGGACCAUGUUAAUGUUUACUAUGGUCAGGACUACCGGAGCAAGUACAAGGCCCCCACUGACUACUGCCUGGCCCUAAAGCACCCUCAGAUCCAGAAGAAAUCGCAGUAUAUCAAAUACCUGUGCUGUGAUGAUGUCAGAACUCUACACCAGUGGGUCAACGGGAUUCGAAUUGCUAAGUAUGGAAAGCAGUUGUAUGUGAACUACCAGGAAGCCAUGAAGCGAACAGAAGCAGCCUAUGACUGGUCUUCUCUCUCCAGCACCAGCAUCAAGUCAGGAACCAGCUCAGUCAGUAUACCUGAGUCCCAGUCCAACCACUCUAGUCAGACAGAUAGUGGUAUGUCAGAUGGUACUUCCUCCUCCCAUGCCCGCUCUCAAAGUGUGGUCAGUUCAAUCUUCUCUGAGGCCUGGAAGAGAGGGACUCAAAUAGAGGAGAGCACAAGGGCAAGACCAGAAUCAAUCCGUUCUGCCCAUUCAACCCAUAGCAGCCAUUCUUCUCAUCAUGUGCCUCAACAGCAGCAUCUACACCCACAGCAACAGCCACUCUCACAGUCAAUUCCACAGUUGCGUGGAAGCGUUAGCCAGGCACCGGUCCAAGCACCACCUCAAAUGACACCUGCUCCACCUCCUCCUCCACCACCUCCUCCUCCACCACCUCCCCCGCCCCCUCCCAUUUCCAGUAUCCCACACCAUGCUGCUCCAACCAUGUUCGCCAAAUACAGCACUAUCACUCGUCUGAAGAAUGCAUCUCAGGCCACUGGUCACCACAAGUCUCACCCUCAAUUACAGCAGCAACUGCUAGUGGUCCCACAGGCCUCCAAGCCACAGUCAAACAAUAUUCCACCAACGGCUAACAUUCCGCCCCCUCCUCCUCCCCCUCCACCUGCUUCAAUGCCUGCACCUGGAUCAGCUAUGGCAGUGUUGAAGCUUGGUCCUCCAGCCCCUGCCACAGUUCCCCAGCCCUCCCCUCCUUCCCCUUUUCCUCCACCUCCACCACCACCAUCUCCUCCUCCCAUAAUGCCCAUCCAGUCACAGCCUCUACCACCUCCUCCACCCAUAGUGCCUCUUCAAUCACAGCCUCUCCCACCACCUCCACCCAUGGUGCCCCUUCAAUCCCAGCCUCUACCACUUCCUACAAACAUAGUAUCCUUCCCAUCACAGCCUCUGCCACCACCUCCACUCAUGUUUCCCCUCCAAUCACAGCCUCUACCAUAUCCUCCUCCCCCUCUUCAGGCUAAUGGCCUUCCUCCCUCUCCUCCAUCCUCUACAAUUCAGCCACCUCUCCUCACCAAUGGACUCAAGCAGGUCCUUUUUCAAAAAUGUCCCAAUGUGUCCCACAAUGUAUCACCCUCAGCCAGUCAGACCCAUUUUCCUCCACCACCUCCUCCUCCACCACCACCACCUGCACCUCCAGUCCCUCCUCAACAACCCACUGCUUUGGCUCUAAAUCCACCACCUCCACCAGCCCUCAUACAGCAGCCAGUUCAACCUCCAGUCUUACCCAAAUCCUUUGCUGGUGUAUUCCCACCUCAGACAGCACCCAAACCUUCAGGUGGAAUUCUUCCAUUAUCCCCAGUAGCUCCAUCAACUCAAGCUCCAGCACCACCUCCUCCUCCCCCUCCUCCUCCACCACCACCACCACCACCACCACCACCUCCAGCACCAUUAAAGUGCCAACCCCCACCCAUACUACCCAAGCAGCACAGCAUUUCCAAGACACUACCAUUCUCCAGCCAACCUUCAUCAGUACCAUCUCUUGUUAAGCAGCUUGCUAGCCAGUUUCCUGUUGCAUCUCCAGCAAUGACCAAUCAUACAGAGAGUUAUAAAGCUCCUCAGUCCCCACCUGCAGUGAAGGCUAAACCAAAAUGGCAGCCUGUAGGGCAAGGCCAGCAAAAACCACGGUCAAUGGAGUUUCCACCACCUCCACUAGAGAGUACCCUUGCCUUUCCUUCUCCUCCACCCCGCCACCACCACCCUCCUCCUCCAGGUCCUACCCCUCCUCCCCCACCUCCUCUUCCUCCGACUUCAGGCUCCCCUAUGAGGAAGUCUCCCUCUGGCUCAUCUGCAGGUGUCAAGAAACCUCCACCAACUCCUCAGCGCAACUCUAGUGUGAAGUCUAAUUUCUCUAUGGAGUACCAGGAGUCCCGUAGGAACUUGGUUAGCAAGUUUAACCCCAGUGCUGCUUCAUCAUCGAAAUCAUCCUCUAUCUCACCCUCCAAAGAGCCUUCUACAGGCCCUCCAGCACCUCCCAAACCAGGCAAGCUCAAUCUGGCAAGUCUUCCUUUGGCUUUGCAGAGCAAAUUGAAUCAGAACCGCCAGUCAACUGCAGACUUUCCAUCCCCUCCACCCCCAGAGAAUGACUUCUUCCCUCCUCCUCCACUGGAGUCUGACCUCCCACCUCCACCACCCCUUCCAGGUGAUCUAAAUGGUGUGUGUCCUAAAGUGGCCAUGGUCAAUCCUCAGCCCCAGCCAGCUUGGGGCAAAAGUUCCCUGAAGAAAAUGCAACCUUCAGCAUCACUUCGCUGUAACAACACUAUUAGAGAGUCUCCACCAAUAUCUCCACCUUCCAUACAAGGAAGCACACAGCCAAACUUCUUAGAGGACCUUAACAAGACAUUGAAACGCAAGUCCUCACGAGUCUCGGGAGACAAAGUGGACCCUGUGGCGACAAUGGAUGACAUGGCUUUGCCACCACCUCCCCCUGAGCUAGUGAAUGACCAGCAGAGACACAGUGGGAGUGGCUACAUGUCCGGGAAUAUCUCAGGCUAUGCAACACUAAGGCGAGGGCCUCCUCCUGCCCCACCCAAGCGGGACAACAGCACCAAACUGAAAAACUGAGAC